AUGUCCAAGUCAAAGGAUAGUGGCUCCUCCGGGGGCUUUCACCAGGAGUACAUAGCGUCAACGCGCUAUCGCAAUGAUCUGCCUCCUCCUGAUAUGCCCCCGAAGUUUUUGGAAAUUCCACAUGAAGGAUUGGACCGUUUUCUCACGCCUGGAUUUGCAUCAAACCUGGCUCGUCGUGAAGAACCGAAUAUUGACGUCGAUGCGGAGGGUGGUAUGCCGAUUGAUCUCGUCGGUAUUCCAGGGCUUCACUUGGGCGACGAGAGUGCUAUCAUGGCCCCUGAGAACCCUGAUCCCAUUGACCCUGCUGAUCUCCCUCUCCUGAUGACGCUAGAGCAGCUGAGGAAUCCGGCGCCCAAAAACGCAAAUGUUAGCUUUCUGCGCCGUACCCAAUAUAUCUCGGCCGGUAUUCGAGCCCCGGACGGCCCCAAGGUCACGCCUAUCCGACCGAAAUCGCGCGAAAAUGAGAAGGCGAAAAUGUCGCAAGACGAUCCCGUCUAUGUCAAGAAGUACAUACAGAAAGGAUUCGAUAUUGCAUACCCAGAGAGCAAGCAUUCCGGAGAAGAUACGCCUAUUAGAAUCAAGGGUCAUAAUCCUACGAAACUCGAACAUGACGCCUGGGCUCAUCCCGUACAUCCUGAUAACCCCAAGUUGAAGCCUGUCGGCUUCUACCCUCUUCUUCCUGACCUUGCGGGGUUCCCAGACCCUGGAGGUUUUGUUCAAUUCAAAUUUGACAAGGCACCUGUCCACGAAUUUUCUGGGAAGCGGGAUAAACGCAUGGAUGCUGCUAUUUUGCUGCCCUCGGCGCCAGAGGAGCGUGUAUGUCAGGAGCACGCCACCAAAGUUGCCCUGCACAAGAGCAAUCCCAAUCUAUAUCCCGAUCCUGGCCCUGUCCCUUGGGACUAUGACCUCUUUCUUCCGGAGAAGAAGGAGGCGGCGAAAAAUGUGCUUGCGACCCUACGUCUUUCCAACCCCGACCGUGACAAUGAAGAGCUGUACACGCACGAGGGUGCCGACAAUGCUAGAUUCCACCGCUUUGAUCGCGUGCGUACCUAUGCGACCAGCGCGCAGACCCUCGGCAACGACCAGAAGCAAAGAGACGUCGCGCUGACCCUGUUUGACCCCUCGGACGCCGAUGAGGAGCGGCAGGGCAAGCAGAAGGCGGCUUACUAUUACCCGAUCCUUGGAAAGACACGCCUGAAGCCAGAGCGAGCCCGGACUAUUGCGCAAGCGGGCUUGGCGCCUACGAAGCCAAAGACGAAGGAGGAUCAAGUUGAUCAAAUUCAAGUGGUUGUCCGCGAUCCCGACGAAGCGGAGGUAUACAAACGCUCUCUCUACCGAGCAGCCAUCGAUCCCAAAUUUGCCAGGACCAUGCCACCGCCCCCAGAAGAAGCCGUGGAUGAGCCAGAGGAGAACGAGAACGCCGAUGCUGAAGACCGGGAGGGAAGUGUGGAUCGUCACUCUACGACCCAGGACGACGCACCUGGUGAGGUAGACAAGAUGAGUGAUGACGAGUAA